CCCCAGGCGAUAGCAGAGGCGGCGGCAGCGGUGGCGACAUGAGCAGCGGGGCGGCGUCCGGGACUGGGCGGGGGCGGCCCAGGGGCGGGGGGUCGGGACCCGGGGACCCCCCGCCCAGCGAGACACACAAGCUGGUGGUCGUGGGCGGCGGCGGCGUGGGCAAGAGCGCGCUGACCAUCCAGUUCAUCCAGUCCUACUUUGUGUCUGACUAUGACCCCACCAUCGAGGAUUCCUACACCAAGAUCUGCACCGUGGAUGGCAUCCCAGCACGGCUGGACAUCCUGGACACAGCGGGCCAGGAGGAGUUCGGGGCCAUGCGGGAGCAGUAUAUGCGUGCAGGCCAUGGCUUCCUGCUGGUGUUCGCCAUUAAUGACCGGCAGAGCUUCAACGAGGUGAGCAAGCUCUUCACACAGAUCCUCCGAGUCAAGGAUCGAGAUGAUUUCCCCGUUGUGCUGGUUGGGAACAAGGCAGAUCUGGAAGCACAGCGGCAGGUCCCCCGAUCCGAAGCCUCCAACUUUGGGGCCUCCCACCAUGUGGCCUACUUUGAGGCCUCUGCCAAACUGAGGCUCAACGUGGACGAGGCCUUCGAGCAGCUGGUGCGGGCUGUCCGGAAGUACCAAGAACAAGAGCUCCCGCCAAGCCCACCCAGUGCCCCCAGAAAGAAGGAUGGGGGCUGCCCCUGCGUCCUGCUGUAGCUGAUCCAGGAACAAGCUCGUGGGACCAGCUUGUCCUGCCGUGUGGCCUGAGGUCCCAGCUGAGCCUCAGUUUCCUCUGCUGGGAAUUCCAGAACACACUACGCCCCCACCCUGAUCUGCUGGCCUCCUCCGGGCCAUCACCACUGUGUGCCUUCUGCCAAUGCCUCCUUCCCCCACCCAAGCCCCUGGUGGGGUGAGGGGCUCCCAGGUCACUGCUGUACAUAACUCUCCUCCCUCAGAAAAAUAAAUGUCACUGCCAACUUCUGGAAA